UCGCUCUCUCUCUGUGACGUCAAAUAUCAGCUGACUGGUUUGUUUCGCUAUAGACUCCGCAGCAAUCAGCAAAGAAGGAAUAGCACAACAUCAAAGGACUCAAAUAACUUCUUAUUAUUACAAAAAAAACUGGGCUUUGAUCGCCCCAAAAUUUAUAUCACCUACAUUUAAAUAUAUUUUCAAAUCAUACAGGGAUAUUUUGCCUCGUUUACAAAACGGUUUGACCUGCGUGAAAUAUGCCUUCAGAGAAGACGUUCAAACAAAGGAGGACAUUUGAGCAGAGAGUAGAUGAUGUGAGACUGAUUCGAGAGCAGCACCCCAACAAGAUCCCAGUCAUCAUCGAGAGAUACAAGGGAGAGAAGCAGCUGCCCAUCCUGGAUAAAACCAAGUUCCUGGUUCCUGACCAUGUCAAUAUGAGUGAGCUGAUCAAAAUCAUCAGGAGGCGCCUCCAGCUGAACUCCAACCAGGCCUUCUUCCUGCUGGUGAACGGCCACAGCAUGGUGUCCGUGUCGGCAGCCAUCGCUGAGGUGUACGAUCGCGAGAAGGACGAUGAUGGCUUCCUCUACAUGGUGUACGCCUCGCAGGAGACCUUCGGAACCGUGACCCCCCAGUAACAGCCUGCCACCACCACACCAUAGCUCGGACAAUGAUACCACCUCCUCCCUCCCUAAUCCUUUGUUCCUAAAUACAGACCGAUCCCCCUUGCCUUCCCUCGAUCACUUGCUUACAACCUUAGCCAAGACAAUAGGAACCAGACAGACCUCUUCUCCCAUGCCCUUAAGGGCCCCUUAUAGAUAUUAAAAGCCAUGUCCUACACCUUCUCAUACUGCCCACUACCCAUUACUCAAAACCUCUCCCCCUUCAUCCAUUACUCAAAACCUCCCCGUUCAUCCAGCCAUGUGUUUAGGAAAAGAGAUUCAAUACUUAUCUUUGGGUUGUUUGGUGUAUAGAAUGGAUUAGUAUAGCAGAGAUGAUUGCCAGUUCAGGUUGAGUUCGACUCAAACAAUUUACAGCUUAAAUCCCUGCUUGAGUCCAUCAUGGUUGAGUUCAGUUAUAAAGAAAUCUCCAUAUUUUAUUUUCCAUUUGUUAUGUUUGCUAAACUUGAAUGAGCUCAGUAUUUUGGAUGAAGCUUCAAUCACAACAGCUGUUGAGGAAUUUUCUAACAGUUUAGUUAAAGCGUUGAAUCCAGUUUGACAGACAUGGGACAUACUACUUCCACAAGAACAUGUUUCAUCGUGUUAAAAGUCUCCUAUAAUUGGUGGCUCAGGCCAAUAGUCUCAACCUCUGUGACAAAAUGAGUGGUUCUUUUUCCUCUUUAGUCUUUCCUUUAGCAACUUGGUUGAAUAUUCUAGGCCAACUAUAGGCUUUAUUGUAUUAAUACAAGUUCUUAAGGCUAACAUGUUAAUGUGCGUUGAGUUUAGCAGCACCCCCCCCCCUGUGUUGCUCUGUUGAGCUACUUGAUAAGGGUUGUGGGUUCAGAAAUUAUUUUACUUGGCUCCUUUAAAAAAAAAAAUGAAGGUCCUUUUAAAAAAUAUAUUUUAUAUUUUUUUCUUCCUGCGCUUUGUUGUAAACAUCUCCACGUAGAAGAGAUGUUAGGGACUCCUGGUUAAAAAGGAAAAAAAUGCUGCCGAAAACCUGCUAUGAUGAUUGUAAUAAGAAAUUUGCCUCCAUGUACAGCAUGAUGAUCGAAUUGCACGCGUGUGAAAGGGUCACUGAUGUGGGAUAAUGCUGAUGUCAGAAGUAGGGUGUGGGGUUGGUGGCUGUUUUGGACUGGGCGGGCAUCACGGCCGGGUCUGUCCACCAACCAACUGUCCAUCCGUCCCCCUCCUAGACCUGCCCUAGGGCUCUGAACAGUACUCAUCCCAGGGUGGCAUCACGCUUUUAGAAUAUUCAAUUUGUUUAAUAGAGGGUUAUUUAUGCCUUUUAUAAUGUGUGCUGACUGUUGUGCUUUUCCUUCUCGCUGUCCUCUCAACUGUUGGAACUGUUUAAAUGUUAGAUGCCUUUUUAUCUUAGAAUUUUUGGCAGAUAAUCUUCUGUUUUUAUUUAAUGUGAUGUUACUUCCUUGUACAAAUGUCCAUAUGCUAUAUGUGUGUGUAAUGAAUACGAAUGAUUCUAUGAUCAGUUUGAUUGAGGGUUUAAUAACAGAGGAAUGAUGCAGUUUUAUCAGCCCAACGUUCCUCUGCAUGCUCCGCUGUUUGCCGCUCUCAUUCUUCAUAUUCACAGCAAUAUUACACAGCCUUUUAUUGUAUUUGUUGGUAUUUUAUGAAUAAAACAGACUAUGUAAAGGUA